CCUGUUCUUCUUUUUGAUCUUGAUCCUCUCCCGCUUCAUCCUCAAGAAACAAACAGAUCCUUCGCCAUGCUCUCCAUCACCCGUGCCCUCAAGGCCAAGGCCCCCAUGGUCCGCCCUGCCGUUAGCGCCCUCGCUAUGCCCACGCGUCUUUCCAACACCCGUCUGUACUCUUCCCACAAGGAGAUCAGCUUCGGUAUCGAGGGUCGCGCAAAGCUCCUCAAGGGUGUUGAGAUCCUCGCCAAGGCCGUCGCCGUCACCCUCGGCCCCAAGGGUCGCCAUGUCCUCAUCGGCCAGCCCUACGGAAGCCCAAAGAUCACAAAGGAUGGUGUCACUGUUGCCAAGUCAAUUACUCUUGAGGACCCCUUUGAGAAUCUCGGAGCCAAGUUGAUUCAGGAUGUUGCUAACAAGACCAACGAAACCGCUGGUGAUGGUACCACCACUGCCACAGUCCUCACCCGCGCCAUCUUUGCUGAGGGUGUCAAGAACGUCGCCGCUGGAUGCAACCCCAUGGAUUUGCGCAAGGGAGUUCAGAUGGCUGUCGAUGCCGUCGUCGAAUUCUUGCGUGAGAACAAGCGCGAGAUUACCACCACUCAGGAGAUCGCCCAGGUCGGAACCAUCUCUGCCAACGGCGACAAGGCUAUUGGCAAUCUGUUGGCCCAGGCCAUGGAGAAGGUCGGCAAGGAGGGUGUCAUCACUGUCAAGGAUGGCAAGACCACUGAGGACGAGCUUGAGAUCACAGAGGGUAUGCGCUUCGACCGCGGUUACAUCUCACCCUAUUUUGUCACCGAUACCAAGUCGCAGAAGGUUGAGUUUGAGAAGCCCUUGAUCCUCCUCUCAGAGAAGAAGAUCUCUAUUCUUCAGGAUGUCCUCCCCGCCUUGGAGGCUGCCGCCACUCAGCGUCGCCCCCUUCUCAUCAUUGCUGAGGAUAUCGAUGGUGAGGCUCUGGCUGCUACGAUUCUCAACAAGUUGCGUGGUCAGUUGCAGGUCGCUGCCGUCAAGGCCCCUGGAUUCGGCGACAACCGCAAGUCAAUUUUGGGUGAUCUCGCCACCUUGACCGGUGCCGUCGUCUUUUCGGAUGAGCUCGACGUCAAGUUGGAACGUUUGACCCCUGAUCUUUUGGGAACCAUCGGCUCGAUCACUAUCACCAAGGAGGACACUAUCUUGAACGGUACCGGUGCUGGCUCAAACGAGGCCAUUGCUCAGCGCUGUGAGCAGCUCCGCUCCUUGAUUGCUGAUCCUAGCACCUCGGACUAUGAGCGCGAGAAGUUGGAGGAGCGUCUUGCUCGCCUUAGCUCCGGCGUCGCUAUCAUCCGCGUUGGUGGACAGAGCGAAGUCGAGGUCGGCGAGAAGAAGGACAGAAUUGUCGAUGCAUUGAACGCUACCAAGUGCGCUGUUGACAGCGGUGUGCUCCCUGGCGGUGGCACGGCUCUGCUCAAGGCGCUCAAGGUCCUCGAUAAUCUCAAGGGCGAGAACUUUGACCAACAGCUCGGUAUCAACAUCAUCCGCUCUGCCAUCCAGGUUCCCUCCAAGACCAUUAUCUCCAACGCUGGUGGCGAGGGCGCUGUUGUGAUUGCCAAGGUUGUUGAGAAUGAGAACUUCCACUACGGAUAUGACGCUGCGACUGGCGAGUACGGUGACAUGUAUAGUCGUGGAGUCCUCGACCCCUUCAAGGUCGUUGUCACUGGACUGAAGGAUGCUUCUGGUGUAGCCAGCUUGUUGAGCACGUCUGAGGCCAUGAUCGUCGAUGCUCCAAGCAACGAUAAGAACCCCAUGGGUGGCAUGGGUGGUAUGGGCGGUAUGGGCGGCAUGGGUGGCAUGAUGUAGACGAGUUUUGUACAGCUAUUUCCUUUCAUUUUCAUUCUUUCUUCGCACAUAUGCAAAAAUAAAGAUCGCUCUUGAUCAAAUUGAGAAGCAAAAAGGAAGUCACGGGUAAACAUCCCAUUUUAGGGCUCGUUUUGUCGCUCAGGUUCU